UUUGGAACCACUAAUCCGGUUGUACACCCAACACCAUGGUUGAGACCCGCGGUGGGCCUAGCACUAGCCCCUACACUUAGGAGCAGCAAGAGAAGAUGGCCGCCAUAGUGAAGGAAAACAGAGAGAGGAAGGAGCUCCCGAAGCAAGCGAAGUUGAAGGCUAUCGCAGAGGAACAGGCGGCAAAGAUGAAGGAGUUAGAGGAGGAGAUGGAGAAGAAGAAGAAGGCUGCUGAAGAAAAAGCGGCAACAGAAGCAGAGGAGGAGAGGAAACGAAAGGGAAAAGAAGUAGAGAGCGGUGGCACGAUGAAAGAAGAAGCAGAGAUGGAGAAAAAAAUAAGUGAGUGGAUCGCUAAUUUAUCGUUGGGGGAAGAUGAGGAGGCAGAGUUCUACGUCCCAAAGGACGAGAUGGAUGCGUUGGCCAGCGAACUAGCAAAGAUGGAGGACCCUCUGGAACGAAGGGAAAGAGAAGAGGAGAAGAAAUUGGAAUGGAAGCUAUGGAUGAAGAGAGAGAAGAAGAAGAGGAGGGAGGAAGUUAAUAGGUUGACCACGGAAGUGGCGAAGGUGCAGGACUGUAGGCGAGAAGUGGGGGCACAGGCAGAUGUUUCUGCCAAGAUGGACAAGAUGCUGGGUUACCUGGAAGUGUUGAGUGCAGCCUGGAUGGAGGAGCGGCAGACCAGUUGGAGUCAAGAGGUAGCCCUGGGUGCCAUGCGGUCGGGAUUUAGGGAUUUUGCGCGCGAUAUGGUUACCCACGUUGGAGGGGAAGUUAAGAGAUUGAGAGACAGCGUGGGAAAGUUCUGCGAAGGUGUCAUUGAAGGUGCCAAAGCGAUAGCCGCUGUAGAGGGCGAGGCUAGACCCAGUAAAGAGCUUGUAAAGCUCAUGUUUCCUGACGCAUACGGGGGGAAGGAGGAAAACUUUGACGACUGGGAAGCCAGUGUCAACAGUUAUAUCUAUUUACAGCACAUCUUGAGUGAGGAGCAAGUCCUCGUGGCCUUUCAGACCCUUAAAGAUGAAGCGGUUAGUUUUGCUAGGUCCCUUGCGCGCGCAACCAGUUGUGAAAACAACAUGGUUGCAUAUUCCAGAAUCACCAUUCUCCCUCAAUUCCUCAAGCUCCUGAAGGAGCGAUUUGUAGACCCAAUGAGAGGCGUUCGCGCCUCUGAUAAGCUACAAACGAUCCACUCGCGACAGUGGAGGAGUGCAAGAGCACUCAAGUGCACCAUGGACGACUUGGUAGCCGUCCCAGACCAUGGGGUCACUGAGACCCAAUUGGUCCAAUUAUUUUAUCAUGCCAUCCCAGAGGCCUUGCGUGGGCACUUCUUUGACAAAUCUCAACAGGCCGACAUCACUUAUGAUGCACUGAGUAGAGAGGUCGUCUUGUAUGAGUCAAAGUCCAUGCCAGUUACCACUUUCUGGCACAAGGACUUGGAUAAGGGGAAAGUUCGUACCAUCUCUGGCCAAGUCAAGGCCAAGGAUCACAUGAUCCUCAUGUUAGAGGAAGGUGGUACUAAUGAGGUCCCAUACAGUCAGAUAGAGUGGGGUCUUGAGGAUGAUGAUAGUAGUGUGGGGCAAGGGAGGUCCUAUGUUGUUGUCGCGGCUGAAGGGAGGCCGCAAGGUAGGGGAGGAGGAGGCCGAGGACCGGGCGCACACGGGGUUGGCGGACAGGGAAACCGCCAAGUGGGAGGUAGGGGUCAAGGUCCCCCGCAAAAUCGCCAGGGUAAUCAGUCCCCACAGCGAAGAGGUGGAAGGGAACCUCAAGGAGGAUGGCACCUAGGCUUGCCACAGGGCAGGCCCUGGGAAGACUUGGGCUUGGUUCAACAUUUAUGGCAGGAACGCGUGAAUAUGGGUCAGUGCGUGUUUUGUGGUGACCCAUCUCACGUGAUAAAAUUUUGUCCAAGGUAUAGACAGGCCCGUUGGGAUGCUCAGUCGUCAAAAGGCAGUCGCCAGUAGGGAUCGCAACUGCCCCUACUUUAAGGCCAUGUGAAGAAGUGAGCGCGCGCGAACAGGACACUCCYAACCCACAUGA